AUGGCCUCCCCCGAGCUGGCCAUUGCCAAGGCCGCUCUCUCCGCCUCCCUCUUCAGAGCCGACCCCGUAUCGCUGUCCCGUCCCGACGUCGAAACGCUCUUUCCACUGCUCGACGCCACGAUCGCCCAGUGUUCGCGACACAAUGUUCAGAGCUGCAAGAACUGGAUCAUGGCCAAUGUCGCGCCCUCGCCCGCGCGAUGCGCCAGCCUCGCCAAGUACCUCAUCGUGCUCUCCAAGAGCUUUUCUACCGACGCGGCCCCGCGCCCGAGUCUCAAGCGCAAGCGGCUGCAUAUUCUCUACCUCCUCAGCGACGCGCUGCACCACGCUGCGCGGACCAAUUUUCGCGCCUGUGCCGAAACCUGGGCCCCGCACGUAGUGACGCUCAUGGCCGCCGCCGCCUCGUUUGACAAGUGCCCGAAGCACAAGGCCAAGCUCGAGAGCCUUAUCUCGCUAUGGGCGGAGAAGCAAUACUUUUCCGCACAAGUAGAGUCGCAGCUGCGCGAUGCCGUGUCCACGGAUGGCACAAUUACCGCAGUUACACAGGCUGAGGCCACGCCCGCCGCAGCGUCUCUCAAAAUUGCUAAGGACGCUCCCUACAGGCUGCCCGCCUCACACGGUGAUCCGUCCACGCCGUGGUACGACCUGCCCAUGGGCACAUGGCUCCCCCACCUGACGCCCAAUUCCGCGCGCCCAAUGGUGCCGGACCGCAUCCGCCCGAUCCAGCUGUCCGCUGGCCUCGCCGACGCGCCCCUCGUUGACGCCGUCAAGACGCUCCUACGCCAUGCCAAUCGCAUAUACGCCAACAGUAGUGCUACCACUGACCCCGACGCCCACGACGUCGGAGAUGGUAUCCUCGAGGACAUCAACGAGCUCGGGGAGCGAUUCGUCGUGGAUCAAGCGACCGGGGACGUGCUGCGCGCUGAUACAUACUACGGCUGGUCGCGCCCCUUCUGUGAAAAGAUGAGGGCCCCCAAGGGCUUCCUCUGCCGCCACCGCCGCCUCCACCACCACCUCAGCAAGGUUAUUCGCAAGACAGAGGAGGCUACGACCGCGGUCGAGGGAGAUUUUGAAGAGUAG